UUCGAUGCGUGCGCGCCACCUCGCCCGCGCUUUCGACUACGAACGUUAUGCCGUUACGCGCGAAAACUCUACAUUUUGAUUAAAUAAACAAACACAUCAAAGGACCCUAGAUCUCUUUUCAAGACUGAUUAUAAUGUGAUAUUGGAGUGCGAAUGUGGACAUGUUUCUCGUGGUCGGAUGACAGUGCGCAGGAGUGGAGUCGGUGGAGGAGCACAAUGAGCGCGCCGCAGAAUUGGCACAAAUGGCUAGUGUUGUCGCUGCUCGGAUUGGCUUUGUCCGCUCGGCCAAUUGGCUGCGAUUACAGUUCCAUCACCGAGAAAUUUGGAGCGGAAGCCGUUGCUCGGUGCAAUGAAAAAUGUCCCUUCCAGAAUCGAACGGGUGACGUCCAUUUUGAUGUUAACUGUGGAUCAGAAUGCAGUGUCCAACAGUGUGCGGUUGGGUGCAAUCUUUGGAGAGAAGGAUUGGAAAAUUCAUGUCAAGCGGCAUGCAAUGUUACAUCCGAAUCCUCGUUUUCGCGGGAACUGUAUUGUGUUAUGGGAUGCAAUGAGGCUCUUAAUACAUACUUUCAAAAGUUAAGAGAGUUGAUUGGAACCCCGCCUGCGCCGGCGCUGGUGGCUGACAGCCUGACGGCGACCUCGCUGUCCCUAGUGUGGGAAGCGCCCACGCUGGGCAACCUGAGCUGCCUCGUCCAGUGGCGGUACGAGGAACUGCCCGGCACGUGGCAAUACUACUCCAACACCAGCCACUCCGACCGGUCGAUCAUCCACGUGGAGAACUUGCGCCCCUAUACUAAGUACAGGUUUCGUGUAGCAAUCUUCCUAUCGGGCCGAGGCGGGACAGGCGAGCCGGUGUACUCAGCGCCGUCGGUGGUAAUCUCCACUCUGGAAAGCGGGACGCCCAGCUCGGCACCGCAAUCGCUAAGAGCCGCCGCACCUGAUGCCAGCCGCGUGUCCAUCUCCUGGGAGCCCGGACCCUUCCCCAAUGGGCCGCUCAUAUCCUACGUGCUGCGAUUGACUGACACUCAGCCGAAUACUAUUGACGCCUUGGAGGACAUGCCAGCAUCAAACAAUACGUUGUUCUACAUGUUUCAAAACUUAGCACCAGCUCGGGAGUACGAAGUCUCCGUCUCGAUGCGCAAUGCCGUGGGCGAGGGACCAAGGGCUUUCGUUAAAGUAUCCACACCGCCGCUGCCCACGCCUGCACCCAGCCAACAACCUAUUCUAAUUGUGGGUGGAGAGCAAAACGUCUUAGCAGCGCCCGCAAAUGAUAUGCUCUCCGAUCCUAUUGAGCUCUACAGCACUCCAUCCGUAAAUUACACGAUUACUGGUGUUGGUUUGGAUAUCUCAAGCGACUCGUUAUUCGUCUCUGUUUCUAAUGGUUACGUAUAUCGAAGUACUCUAUCAAAAAAAGGCAAUACUGAAAUCAUUAUCAGCCCAACUUCUUCCCAUCCUUUAGACUUGUCUGUGGACUGGUUAAACCGCCAUUUGUAUGUGCUCGGCGUUGUACAUUCUACGAGCAAUUUGACUUCAAUUGAUCAAUGGGAGAUUAUACGUCGUGACUUUGAUGGCAAAAAUCCGGUAGUUGCUUAUUCAGGUUUUAAUUCACGUCCAAUUCAUUUUGAAGUAGAUGCGUAUAAUGGGUACUUAUUUUGGGCGCUUCGUGGUGGAGAUCGUGGUGGCUUAUACAGGCUCGACUUGGCUAACAUUUCAAACGGAGUUCGUCACGAUUCACCCCCAGAGCUGAUAGUAAGAGAUGCUCAUCUCGGUGCUUUUACUGUGGACCACGCGGAAUUCAGGCUCCUUGUUGCCCAUCUUAAGAAAAAUACUGUGCUUGCAGUCUCACUUGAUGGCCGUGAAGUGACAGACUUUCGAAGCAACAUUCAAACACCAAUGUUUCUAUCGACUCGCUCAAUAGCAUACGCAGGUGGACUUUUCUACUGGACAAAUGGUGGAGAGAUGUUGACCGAAGAAUAUCAUGCUGAAAGUGACAGUUACUUUCAUAACGAGUACCCUUUAGCAUACAAUUCCAAGUUAAUAGCAACGCGCCAAGUAUUGGUAGCGCUUAGAAGCUGUCAACCAAUACCGGUUCCAGUGAAUCCACCGAUUGGAGUACAAAGUGUGAUGGGCAUAAGCCGGGCAAAAGUGGCGUGGUCUCCACCACACUUGCUAGGACACCAAGGAAGCGGAGCGUGGCAGCAAUGGACGUACCAUCUUCAACUUAUACACUCGCCCUCUGGAGAUACCAUUGACAUUAAAAACAUCAGUGAUUCUGGGUAUAUUGUCGAAAACCUGGAACAAGACGCCGAAUACACGAUUAGAGUAGCAGCUAUUACACCAUCUGGAUCAGGUCCAUGGUCUUCCGGAUUUGUAGGUAAAACCUUAGCGUCUUCACCAACAAACCUUCACAGCACAUUAUUAUGGUCCGGUCCCGAUGGACUCCUACAAACUGAUCUUAGUGGCGACAAUUUGCAAACAUUGAUACACGGGGGGCAUCUCAGAGAACUACACAUAACUGAUAUCUCUUGGUACCGGGACAAGCUCUACCUAGUAACUAAUGCUUCGACCGUAAUGUGGUACAACACUACAUCUCACGCCAGAGGUUUGAUGCCCAAUAUGGACAAUGUUGGGAGUUUGGCAGUCGAUUGGGUUGGGAAGAAAAUUUACUGGUCAAACCCUAAGCAACAGUUGAUAACUAGAGGCAAUUUUGAUGGCGGUAACAGAGAACCAGUGCCAAUAGUAACAGUAGCAAAAGAACUGACAAUAGACUCUCUUGGAGCGUAUAUUUACUGGAACACAGGGCACGCAGUUGAAGCGGCAAAGCUGAAUGGAGAGAACAAGAUGGUUUACUAUCCGGCGCAAUUAUUUAGUGGGAAGCAAGUGAUGGGAUUGACGGCUGAUUUAGAAAAUAAAUGGCUUUACUGGUUGGUUCGAAGUUACGAUGGAUCUGAAUUGCACCGUGCGCCUAGUGCAGACCUCAUUGCACAUGGCGUCACUGAGAUCUCCGGGACCCUAGUGACCCGUUUAGCCGGGACAGCGACCCUGGGUCCGCUGUGCUACUUCAGCGAGCGGCUGGUGUGGGUGCAGGACGCGUCGCGAGCAGUGGUGUCCGACCUCGAGGGAAAGUACACGGCGGCGCUGGUGCCCAGGGUGCAUGUUAUCGCAGUGAGGGACCCCACGCUGCAUGCUAACAGCGAAUCCCUAAUAGCCAUCCCAGAGACGAUCGACGCGUCUUCCAUCGUGGUAGCGGGCGAGUGGGACUCGUUCAACGUGACGUGGGCGCCCGCGCGGCGCGUCAACGUCAACAACAGCCGCGUGUACUAUGACGUCAGUCUUAACUUCCCGGGCCAGCACAAGAUCGAGCGCACAGUGGAAGUUCCAUGGGUGGAGGUCUCCCAACGGACCGUGGCUCCGUACAGUGCGUUGCAAGUGUCAGUGCGCGCGCACACAGCGUGGGGCGGUGGUGCGCCGGCGCGGGCCCUCGCGCACUCGCCGCAAGCGCCGCCCGCCGAGCCCAGAUCGCCGCGGCUUUAUAUACAACCUGCUACCAGGUCUCACAACGGACCGUGGCUACGUACAGCGCGUUGCAAGUAUCAGUGCGCGCGCACACAGCCUGGGGCGGUGGUGCGCCGGCGCGGGCCCUCGCGCACUCGCCGCAAGCGCCGCCCGCCGCGCCUCGAUCGCCGCGGCUUUAUAUACAACCUGCUACCAGUGAAAGUGCCAUGGGUGGAGGUCUCCCAACGGACCGUGGCUCCGUACAGUGCGUUGCAAGUGUCAGUGCGCGCGCACACAGCCUGGGGCGGUGGUGCGCCGGCGCGGGCCCUCGCGCACUCGCCGCAAGCGCCGCCCGCCGCGCCUCGAUCGCCGCGGCUUUAUAUACAACCUGCUACCAGCGGUGGUUCUCUCUCUGCAAUAUUCCGCUGGGAUCCCCCGGCGCGCGCUAACGGCUUGAUCCGUGGGUACGAAGCCCAAUGUUGGACACAGCCAUCGUCCGGCCGCGCCCCGGAACCUGCGGGGAAGCCCUCCGCCUGUGCAGAUGCGCGCCUUUCGCCGACGCAUACGCAACUCAUGCUUAAGGACCUUGAAAACGCGUCGUCUUAUUUCUUCCAGGUCCGCGCCUUCACAGACGCUGGAUUCGGACAAUAUUCUGAAGUGGUCUCAUCAUCAUCAGACGAAAUAAACCCCGUACCAAAAGUCAUAGUAUCGUCGCAAGAGUCUAUCAGAAUAGUGGACUUGGAUUCAGGGGAGAGCGAAACGAUUCCGAAAAGUAUGGGUAUUCCUAUAGAUUUUGCCGUCUCUAUCGAAGAAAAUAUCGUAUACUGGGUUAACAACUUGGAAGAAAUAUUUUCGUCGAGGAUUAAUGGAAGUGGCCAUUACAAGCUAACAUCUAUAAAUGGGUCUGCUACGAGCAUUACUCUGGACUGGGUCGGGCGAUCCGUAUACUGGGCGCAACUGGAAAUGACGUCGGCCGAGUCCUACAUCGUUUAUAAAGCUGAUCUCGGUAUUCCAAACACGCGACCUCCAAUCUCUCGUGUGUUCUCUAGGAGACAACCAAUUUACAGCUUACAGGUUGCUCCUUUGAACAGGACACUGUACUGGUAUGAAGAAAGCAGUCACCCAGGUCUGGGUACCAUUAUGACAUCUAAAUUAAACGGAUCUAAUAUUAGAAGUUUCUUCAAUAAUACUUUGAAAACCAACGGUACACUGAAAGAUUGCAACUGCCCCGAAAAUCCUCAAGUAGCCAAGUCAUUCAUAGUUGACAUGACGACCAGCCAUCAAGAACUUUACUGGAUAGAUCCUUGGGUACACCAGAUUCUCGCAGCAGAUAUGAAUGGUUGCAAGUGUAGAGUCGUUGUUGACGCUACAGAAAAGAAAAAAUACGGCUUUACACCGAUGUCAAUAACAGUAGAUAGCAAAUACGUGUACUGGUUCAAUUCGACCGAGAAAGAAAUAUUUUACGCAAUAAAAAACAAGAAACAAAAGCUGGAGCAUGCGAAAACGUCACACGGCUACAAGAUUAUGGCGCUAGAUCCAGCUAAUCAACCUUAUCCUCCAAGGCAGUGUUUGUUUCCUAAAUCUCAGAAUCUGCAACCGAAAGUUCUAUCAAAUUCGGCAAACAGUAUCACACUCCAGAUGCCAAAGGUUCAUAAACCACAGCAAUCACAAUGCCGUAACUUAGAAUACGAAAUGCCUGCCACAGAAUACACGAUAUACCACUACUUACAAGUGCCAGACAAUAUUACAAACUGUGAUAGAGAUACUUGUUCGUACAUUACCACUACGAGAUCUGAUGUUAUUGUAAAUGAACUGAAACCUUUCACCAACUACUCUGUGAUGCUGGAAGCAACAAAUUACUACGCAAAACUUCACGAAAUUAAACCACUUAUCGGAGCAUCUUUGAUUCUUCAGACAGCAGCAGAAGCUCCAACUGCACCAAAGAAUGUGACUGCAAUACCUAUAAGCCCAGUACAAGCUCGCGUUGAAUGGAUUCCUGACCAUGGACUGAAAUAUGAAGUGCAUUGGCGGACUAACGACUCCACUACACUACCGCAUAGACUCAAAGAGCACAGUACGUUCGAGGUACCAGAGCCACGACAGGGGAGCGUGGUGGUGUCUCGACUAGCGGCCGGCACGCGCUACGCAGUGUGGGUGCGCGCGCGCUCCCCGCAUAGUGCGCAGGCGGCCGACAGCGCACCCUUAGCUAUGCGCACCUACCCCGCGCCGCCGCCGCUGCGCCGCGCCAUGCCCUCGCCUACCCGCCUCCGUGUGGCUUGGACGCCGCCGACUACCUACAGCAUCUAUAGCGCGCAGGCCGCCGACAGCGCGCCCUUAGCUAUGCGCACCUACCCCGCGCCGCCGCCGCUGCGCCGCGCCAUGCCCUCGCCUACCCGCCUCCGUGUGGCUUGGACGCCGCCGACUACCUACAGCAUCUAUAGAUACAAAGUGGAAUACACAGAAGCGAACACGGCGAACGGCACGUGGCGCGACUGCGUGGCGCGCGGCGACGAGUGGCUGGCCAGCGGCCUGCGCCCGCGCACGGCGUAUCGCUUCCGUCUGCGCCUGCAGUACCUUCGCGAUGCGCCGCCCUACUACUGGCCGGCUGACGACCGAUUCACCUUUGAGACGCUCGGCAUGGACACGGCCUACCGCUUCCGUCUGCGCCUGCAGUACCUUCGCGACGCGCCGCCCUACUACUGGCCGGCUGACGACCGCUUCACCUUCGAGACGCUCGGCAUGGACACGGCCUACCGCUUCCGUCUGCGCCUGCAGUACCUUCGCGACGCGCCGCCCUACUACUGGCCGGCUGACGACCGAUUCACCUUCGAGACGCUCGGCAUGGACACGGCCUACCGCUUCCGUCUGCGCCUGCAGUACCUUCGCGACGCGCCGCCCUACUACUGGCCGGCUGACGACCGAUUCACCUUCGAGACGCUCGGCAUGGACACGGCCUACCGCUUCCGUCUGCGUCUGCAGUACCUUCGCGACGCGCCGCCCUACUACUGGCCGGCUGACGACCACUUCACGUUUGAGACGCUCGGCAUGGACACGGCCUACCGCUUCCGUCUGCGCCUGCAGUACCUUCGCGACGCGCCGCCCUACUACUGGCCGGCUGACGACCGAUUCACCUUCGAGACGCUCGGCAUGGACACGGCCUACCGCUUCCGUCUGCGCCUGCAGUACCUUCGCGACGCGCCGCCCUACUACUGGCCGGCUGACGACCGAUUCACCUUCGAGACGCUCGGCAUGGACACGGCCUACCGCUUCCGUCUGCGCCUGCAGUACCUUCGCGACGCGCCGCCCUACUACUGGCCGGCUGACGACCACUUCACGUUUGAGACGCUCGGCAUGGACACGGCCUACCGCUUCCGUCUGCGCCUGCAGUACCUUCGCGACGCGCCGCCCUACUACUGGCCGGCUGACGACCACUUCACGUUUGAGACGCUCGGCAUGGACACGGCCUACCGCUUCCGUCUGCGCCUGCAGUACCUUCGCGACGCGCCGCCCUACUACUGGCCGGCCGACGACCGAUUCACCUUUGAGACGCUCGGCGACGUUCCCGGCCCUCCCGGGGCACUGCGAGUGGAAGCCGUGGGAGAGAGGGUGCUGCGAGCCUGGUGGUCGGAGCCCGACACACGGGGUGCACCGAUAACUAUGUAUAGAGUUUGGGGCAGACCGCAACACAGAGUCAAUUACGUGAACGUGACUAACAAUGUAAGCGAACUGUUACUCAGCUUACCUUCAGAUAUGCCCAAAGAAAUGAAACUUCAAAUUCUUCAAGAAGGCCUCGAAUUGCUACAUAACGGAACAGAUACAUAUUGGCUGAUAGGCGCAGGCGAAGUGUCUGAGGGCUACAUAGCGCGGGUACAGGCUCGCAACAGCUACGGCUGGGGCGCGCUGUCGGCCGGCGCCGAGCUCGACGCCGCGCCGCUGGCACACGCGGCGCGCCCGCACCCCGCCGCGCUGGCCGUGGCCGUGGCCGUGCUGGCUGCGCUCGUGCUGGCUGUAGGCGCCGCCGUGUUCUACACUACGGCUGGGGCACGCUGUCGGUCGCAAUCCGCUGCGCUGGCAGUGGCCGUGGCCGUGCUGGCUGCGCUCGUACUGGCUGUAGGCGCCGCCGUGUUCUACAGUGACUGCGGCUGGGGCGCGCUGUCGGCCGGCGCCGAGCUCGACGCCGCGCCGCUGGCACAUGCGGUGCGAGACGGCUGGAGCUCGCUCAACGCCGCGCUGGCCGUGGCCGUGGCCGUGCUGGCCGCGCUCGUACUGGCUGUAGGCGCCGCCGUGUUCUACAUGAGUAUGCAGUGUUACUGGUCUAGUAUCAGAGGCUACAUACAACAGCUGCGGCUGGGGCGCGCUGUCGGCCGGCGCCGAGCUCGACGCCGCGCCGCUGGCACAUGCGGUGCGGUGCUGGCUGCUCUUGUACUGGCUGUAGGCGCCGCCGUGUUCUACACAUACAACAAUCGUUCUAAGAAGAAAGCGGCAAUAGAAAUGCAAAUCCAGAACAUUGUACCCAGAAGAGGUCCAGAUGUUGAACUAGCUACGCUCCGACAGCUACCGAUACGACACUCCACGAAUAUUCUUUAUAACCAGCAGGGCGUGCUUUGCCCUUCGGAUGCGGAGCUGGCCAGUCUUCCGCACAUCCGCCGCGAGCAGAUCACGCUUACCAACUUCCUGGGCUCCGGCGCCUUCGGGGAAGUGUUUGAAGGUGUCGCGCGACAAAUAAAUGGAGCUACGGCGGACACCAAGGUUGCAGUUAAGGUAAGUCUUAAUACAUAUACUCUGUAAACCCUGCGAAAAGGCGCGACCGAGCAAGAGAAGACUGAGUUCCUGAAAGAAGCGGCGCUGAUGUCGAACUUCAAGCACGAGCACAUCCUGCGGCUGCUGGGCGUGUGCCUCGACAACGACCCGCACUACAUCGUCAUGGAGCUCAUGGAGGCCGGCGAUCUACUCAGCUACCUAAGAAAAAAGCGCGCCAACUUGUACACCUCCGAAUCCCUGACUCUCCUGGACCUACUGAACAUGUGCGUGGACGUGACCAAAGGCUGUCGGUACCUCGAAGAGAUGCACUUCGUACACCGUGACUUGGCUUGUCGCAACUGUUUAGUAGCGCAACGUGCGGGCGGACGCGUGGUUAAGAUCGGAGACUUUGGGCUGGCGAGGGACAUUUACAAGAACGACUACUAUAGGAAGGAGGGGGAAGGUUUGCUGCCAGUCCGGUGGAUGGCGGUAGAAUGUCUAGUGGACGGUGUAUUCUCUUGCCAGUCUGAUGUAUGGGCGUGGGGAGUUUUAUGUUGGGAGGUGUUAUCGCUGGGACAACAGCCAUACCCGGCGCGUACUAAUAGACAAGUGCUGGCAUACGUCAGAGCUGGUGGAACGCCUGAUCGGCCGCCAAAUUGUCCUGCGGUGUUCUACGAGCUGCUUCAAAAGUGCUGGAGCUACUCAGCGGAGGCGCGGCCGUCUUUCCGGCACUGCCUCGAAGUGGUGACGGCGCUGCGCGACAAGACGUCGCCCAACAUUACGCUCACCGCUACGCCCGAGCCCACGCCGCACUACCUCACGCUGCUGGCUGACGACGCCAUCGACAACCGCACCUACCUGCUGGACGAGAAUGACAACGCCUUCCUAGACGAAGACAUACCCGAAAUGCAGAUGGAACCGUCGCGGCUAUUACCCGAGCGAACGCCGAAGUACCUCGAGCUGAUGUACGAUAGCGACUCGGCGCCGGGAACGAUCGGCAGCGACGGCUACGAGGUGCCACGAACCGCGUACGCACCUUUCGCGCGCCACAGCAUUGUGGGCGUGGCCCCAAACCGCCUCGUACGACCGCCGCCGCAUCGAACGCACUCUCUCCGCUCGACUACGAGGUCCGCGACCGUCGUCCCGCUACGGAACGGGAUCGCCAAGCGCGCGUCACUGUGCGUCUCGCUAAGACACCCGCCGCGGCCCGGAUCGACUCAGGAGCGACGAUUCGAUGCCGAAUUCGAGGACCACAUAUUCAAGACUACAUUUUGACCUGUGAUAUUAGGUUUUUUAUUCUUGUACAUUGUUCGACGAUCGUGUGCGUGCCCACCGAUUCGGUACUUAGUUUGCCAUCAUGCCUCAGUACUUCGCACAUAAUAAUGAAUGACCUUAUUGACUGACGUAGUCCUGAUUCAAUUUCCGGUUAGGAUAAUGCAUGUUUAAUAUUUAAUGAUGCAGUGUUAGUUUUUCACAAAAUUAGCACUUGGGAAAAUUCCCAAAUAUUUAUUUUUUAGUGUAGCCAUCAGUGGGCACGCACAACUUCGAUCAAGUGUCUGUAUAGGUUAUGUAUUUAAUUAUUUAUUUCUUUUGUAUAACUGUAAAUAGUCGAGUUGUAUAUAAUUUUAGGAAUAAAGUGUGCAUGUUUGGGGCAAAAUUAGCGCGCCUGCUGGUAUGAGUAUGUGUUUAAAAGUAUAGUGCAUUUAUCAUAAAUUUAUAAUACAUAAAAAUAUUUUCACUGAAUA